CGGGAACAUUCUCUCGUGGGAGCGGACAGCGCACUGAAUCGGCGUCUCCCGGAGAUCCAAGUAGAAUGCGCGACGCGUCCAUUCUAAAACUCGACGCGCCAUGGCGAAUCACGCUACCCCCCCAACUCCGACGGCCCAACGCGAGAGCCGACGGCGCUCGACCCCGUUCAAGAGCGUCGUACGCAAGAAGUGUGCCCACUGCAGCCGCGUCUUCAUUGCCCCUGACACAUGCACGGAUGUGUUCUGCACCAGCGACUGCUGCGCGACAGCAGCCUAUUUGAAAGCGAUCCAACUCGCAACUGCGAAGGCCGUCUGCCACGACAACCACAACGACCUCACCAAUCCAUGGACUCCUCCAGCACACUCCCCCGUUGAAGAAAAGAAGUCGAGCCCAAUGGAGAUUCCUGUCAAGAAGAAUUCGCGCGCGAUGUCGACUCCGUCGCCGUCAAUGUGAUCACUUAACUUAUACUACAUGUGUCCGUUUACCGUUUGUCGUCGAA